AUGUUCAAACCAUUAUUUGCACAAAAACCUAUCACUAAAACAAUUUCUAUAGAACGGUAUGAACAACGCAUAGAUGAAACGUUGCACAAAUGCUUUAAUAUUCAAUCUUUUAGACCUCAACAACGAGAAAUAAUAUUAUCAACACUACAACAUAAAGACACAGUUGUCAUUAUGCCUACUGGUGGUGGCAAGUCAUUGUGUUUCCAGUUACAACCAGUAUUAACAGAAAGAAUUACAAUUGUAAUUUCUCCAUUGAUAGCAUUAAUGCAAAACCAAGUUGAUGGGUUAAAUAAACGAGGGAUUACUUCAUUUAUACUCAAUUCUACACUAUCAAAGUCAGAAGCCACGAAAGUAUUAUCACUUCUUAAUUCAUCUAAUCCUGAAUUGUAUUUAUUAUAUGUGACACCUGAACAAAUUAAAACUCAACGUUUCCAAAAUAUUAUGAAAAAACUUUAUUCAAUUAAAAAAUUAGGGAUGUUUGCUGUUGAUGAAGCACAUUGCAUUUCACAGUGGGGACACGACUUUAGACCAUCAUAUUUAGAACUAUCAUAUUUAAAGAAAACAUAUCCAGAUAUCCCAAUUAUCGCAUUAACAGCAACAGCUACACCAAAAGUCAAAGAAGAUAUAAUUAAAUCUCUUGAAUUAAAAAAUCCAAAGAUAUUUACUUCUUCUUUUGAUAGACCCAAUAUCUAUUUUAAAGUUAUUUAUAAAGAUUUAUAUGAAACCCCAAUUCAAAUUCUAACUCAAAUAUUACAUCAACACGAAAAAGAAGGUGGAAUUAUUUAUUGUUCAACACGAAUGGAGUGUGAACUAAUUGAAAAAUAUAUUAGCACUAAUGGAUAUCCAGUUGCUAAAUACCACGCUGGUAUGAAAUCAGAAGAGCGUGAAACUAUUCAAAAAAAGUGGGAAAAUGGUGAAGUGAAUGUUGUAGUUGCUACAAUUGCAUUUGGAAUGGGAAUAGAUAGAGGAGAUGUUAGAUUUGUUAUUCAUUGGAAUAUUCCUAAAACCAUUGAAGGUUUUAUGCAAGAAGCUGGAAGAGCAGGAAGAGAUGGGAAACCAGCAGAGAGUAUAAUAUUAUUUAGUAAUGAUGAUUUCGAACGAGAAGUUGCUCUUAACCAAGAAACUAGUGAAGUUAUUAGAGAGUUAUGUGUUGAAUGUUCUUGUAGAAGAAAGUGUUUAUUAAAGUAUUUUGGAGAAACUUCAUUUAAACCAAACAAAAGGUGUUGUGAUCUGUGUAAUGAAAACACAAGAGUGAAAGAUGACCUUGAAAAAUUAAGAAUACGUUUAAUAAAAAAGAAUACAAUUACUGUAAAACUCCCAACACCUAAACAGCCUCCUGGUGCUAGUCAAUGUAGUGGAUUCACAUUAGCUUCAAAAAUUUCUAAUCAAAAUUCAUCAUCUCAAUUUACAACAGCAUCUCAGAUGCUUGAAGAACAAAAGAAAAAAGAAGAUUUAAAACCUAAAAAGAAUAAAACAAAUGACUCACAUUUAAAGAAGAUUACAGACUUCUUUCAAGUAAAGAAAUGA